CACAAAUUAAAGAUGCAGUUAGGAUGGCCGAGAUUGGAUUGACAUCAGCCUGGACGCUUGAUAAUUUUAAGGUUGCAAUCGCCAAGUAUAUUAGCUCUCCACCAAUGUCAGAUACCAACUUAAAGGAAAUUACUGCAUCAUUGAAAUGGGAGGACUGCAAAUCCCUCUUCGAAGAUAGAAUAAUGGGUGGUGAGGGCUUGCUGCUUGAAAUAUUUAACAAAUUUGUUAAUGAACUAAAAGAGAAGGAGCACAAGCGUCAAGAGGAUAAGGUACUUAAAUUACUACAAACCCUUAUUCUUCUGCUACUUUUGGGUGGGGGUAGUAGAUGUGUGGAUGUGAUUGUGGUUGAUAUUGUUUUGCGGAAAUUUUGACUUUUUGAGAGUCGCCACUUAAUUUUGAAAAGGAAUUAAGAAACCUUUAGAGAGUUAUUGCAAACGAUUCAAAACAGAAAAAGCGUUUUAAGUUAGAGAUUCUAGAUAAGCGGUUCCUAUUAACGUUUUAGGAAGGUAUUAGGCACCUAAAAUGUCCGCUAACUUGCGGUUAUCCGGACUCUUUGAAAAUCGUCUUUUGAUUAACUUUGAAAAAGUUUAUUUUUUGAAAAGAAAAGUGAUUUUAGGAAUAUUUUGGUGUUUAUGCAAAACCAGUUUUUUAGCGACUUGACUAAGGAUUUUACUAGGUUCGCAAAACACACGUAAAACAAGUAAGCAAAUAG